CUUUUGAACCGAUUAAACUGUCAAUAACAGAGAUGAUGUCGACAAGGAAGCUCUAUCUAGAAAAAAAAUUAUAGAUCUAGUUCUGGAAUCAAGAUCCAGAUUAGCUUCAAACCAAUUGACAUUUGAUCGAGAUCUUCUCAUAGGGGAAUAUAGUGUUUGCUACCAAAUGAAAAUCAAAUCAAAUCAGAUCAAAUCAAACCAAAACAUGCACAGUCUGUUUGUUGCAUUCAACAGCUGUGGCUUACUUCCUGCUAUCCCAAGCUGCCUGUGGAUUAGGUUGCAUGGCACGAUCAUUGUCCCGCUCCGCCCGUGGUAUCGUGUCCGACCGUACAAUCACUUCUCUGGUGAGAGUGAUGGCAUUCUUGGGACUCUGAGGCCCCGAAGACCCCCUAGGGCUGUCCAUCUCGUACGAAUCGCUGCCGCUACUCUCCUCAUCGCGGAGCUUCCGAUGGGUCCUGCUCGUCCCGAGGCCGUACAUUCCCGAGCCCGUGAAGUGGGACGAAGCACUGUUCUUGCUAUCUUGUCGCCGCUUGUUCCAGAGCCCGUACAUGGUCGGGGCGUUGACCACAAAGGCAGCCACGACCAGCUCGGUGCUGGCCCAUGUGGUUCGACUGAGCUGGCUUUCGGCGUUGUUGUAGUUGAUAGGGAGGCGGACGGCGGUGAUGACGAUGAUAAAGAUUCCCAGCAUGAAGAGGGCAACGAGCUGAACCUUGCGUUGCAACGUCGCCGAGAGCAUCUGGUGGACAAUUGGCAGCGGUAGGACGAGGAGGAUGAAGUCGGUCACGAUGUUUGUCACACCAACCACCAUGAGCUGCAAUUGUGCCUUGACGCAAGAGCCUAAAAGAAAGUCGCCCGCCCUUAAAGUCAGCCUGUGUUCUGGACCGUGACUCUACCAAGUGUCUGGGACUGCACAUUUGCAACAAAGAACAAUGAAGAAAAAAAGCGAGAGAAAGAGAACUUACCAGGAUCUGGCACCACUUGCCAGUACAGCUGUAUCGGUUUACACUCGAUAAAGGUUGUAAUUUGGCAGGCAGCAUACGUGCCAAAGAAUAUCACCAGUAUGCUGGUGACGACUAUCUUUUCGAAUCGCAGGUUCUGGUACAGUCUGCGGUAGACAUCCAAGAGGACAAGCUUUUGCAACCACAAACUUGAAGGCUAUUAACACGGGCUUUUUUUUCAAAUGCUGAAGGAAUCAAGGAGAGAAAAAAAAAAUUACAUACUAGGUGUUGUAAAAGACACG